AUGUUUCCUCUUGUUUUUUUAAUACUUCAGCUUCCGUUGCUUCUCAGAAGUCAGGUGACUCCGGGCAGAUCUUCAGGUUCCAUGACAAACAUGACUUACUCAUUCAACACAAGCUCACCAGAACCUUCAGGCGCCUCGCUGUACCCGACGGACCAAGUGAGCAGCACUGCAGGCACCUCAGAAGCUCCGGAGGAGGAUGAUUGGACACCGGCUGAGAACUUCUUGUACACAGGGGACUCGUCUACAGUGGGGGCCGCGCGCUGUUCUCGGGCUUACAGCCCCCCUGGGCAGCUAGGACCACUUCCAGGCGGGAUGCGUGCUGCCCUCAGGCCCGUUCUGGAUGCGUUGGCCAACACGGCAAACUUCCUGAACAUGAUCUUUCAGGCCAGCGACCUGCGCGAGAGCUCAGUUCCAGAAGAUAUGGAGUGGUACCAUGCCCUGGUCAGAGCCCUGCUGGAAACUGCAGGGCCAGUCUGCCGGGCGCUACUCACCUUUGACUGCGAUCCUACUAGUGCAGCUCCACAGUUGGUGCUCCAGGCCAGCCGGGGUCCCCCGACUGGUGUACCGACCAUACUCCUCCAGGACUUAUCUAAGUAUUGGGACCGCCUACACCCAGCCGCCCCGGCCCCAGACGACGGCUGGUUCCGCCGUUUCAAGUUCCCAGACACCACCCGGGCGCCCACCCUCGUUAAGCGGAUCCUGCUCAAUGACCUUACCACCUUGGAGACACCUAAAUGGGGCCGGGGCGACAGCUACGUGAGCAACGGAAGCGGUGUUCGGUGGGCCGGCGCCCCCUACCUGGACUGCAAAGAUGGCCGCUUUGUGCCCAGGUGGAUGCUCACCUUGUCCACCGCCUUCUACGGGCUCAAGCCAGACCUCACCCCUGAGUUCAGGGGUGUGAUCCGCGUAGAUGUGGACAUCCAGGACAUGGACGUGGACCAGUGCAGCACCGAGAACGGAUGGUUUGCCGACACGCACCAGUGCAACCGCACCAGCAUGGAGUGCGUGCCAGUUCCUGGGCGAGGCUUCCGGCUGGGUCAGUACUGCUGCCGCUGCAAAGAAGGAUACUACAACCCUGACAAAGCCAAUCAGGAUGCAGAAGGUAAUCCUACAAUGUUUUCAGACAGCGCCACGUGUUACCCAUCCAUGCCCGUGUGUCUGCCGUGCUGGCCGGGCUGUGGGAGUUGCCGGGACGGUGCCCCCUGUUGGGUGCAGGAGGACGGGCCCUUGAGGGCCACCGUUAUGGCAGCACAGGGGACCUUCAUGGCCCUCGUCUUUGUCAGCAUGCUGGCUGCAUACCGUCAUAGGAGAAGCAAGAGGAUUCGGGCAUCGGGCCUCCUGCUACUGGAGGCCAUCUUGUUUGGGUCACUUCUCCUCUACUUUCCGGUGUUCAUUCUAUACUUCAAGCCAAGCACGUUCAGGUGCAUCCUGCUCCGCUGGGUCCGCAUGCUGGGCUUCUCCAUCGUCUAUGGCACCCUCACCCUCAAAAUGUACAGGGUUCUCAAGGCGUUCCUGUCACGCACGGCUCAGAGGGUUCCCUACAUGUCAAGCCUACACCUGCUGAGGAUCCUAGGCGUCAUGCUUAUGACAGCCAGCUGGUUCCUGUGCGCCUGGACGGUGGGGGUCCUCCAGAACCGUGACAGGAACAUUCCUGUCAUUGUGACCACCACCACACCAGGGGGCCAGGGAUUCAACCUUUGCUACCUGGACCGGUGGGACUACAUGAUGGCUGUUGCUGAGCUUCUAUUCCUGUGCUGGGGCAGUUCCCUGUGGACCGCCGUCCGGCCAGUGCCAUCAGCCUUCCACGAGCCUCGCUACAUGGGCAUCGCCAUCCACAAUGAGCUGCUUCUUUCCACUAUGUUCCACCUUUGCCGGUUUACAUUUCCAUCCCUGCACCCCGACUGGAUGCUGCUGCUGUCUUUUGCACACACCCACGUGACCAUCACUGUGACACUCGCUCUGAUCUUCAUACCGAAGUUCUUAUACAUAAGCAAACCUGGCAGGGAGGAGAUCGCUGCUGAGGUUUACGAGGAAGAGGUGGACCUGCGACGUUCAUACCUCAAUAGCAGCUUUCGUUCAGCUUGGAGUGAGCGCAGCGUGGACCCCGAAGACUUUCGGGACGAACUCAAGAGAUUAUAUACCCAGCUGGAAGUCAACAAAGCCAAGAAGAUGACGGCAAACAACCCUCACCUUUCAAAGAAGCGAAGCUCUCGUUGCGCAUUGGGUCGAUCGAUCAUCAAGCGCAUCGCCGAAAUCCCCCUGAGCCGACAAUGCAGUCGUGAGGACCGAGACGGUUCCUUCCGGAGUGGCAAUUACUCCGGGUCUUACAGGAGGACCCCAGACAACGUCAGCAUUAGAAGUUCCAUGAAAUCCCGAUCACCGUCUCUACGAAAAUCCCAGUGUGAUUAUUACUCGCGGGAGAGGGACUCUUCCUUGCGGGAUUCAUCCAGGCUGAGGGCCGAUGUAGGGAAAAGAUCUUCGCAAAGAUCAGAGACGGAUUCUGUAGACAUGCAUCCAGCAGUCUGCAAAUCAGUUAGCGCUCAAAACCUGACCAUUGAUACCAAUCUCUUGCACCUCCCUGAUCACACCAAGCUUCACAAGUCGUGGAGUCUCACGUCUACUCAUUCUAUGGAGAGCAUGUCCAAGCGCAAUGGCUCAAGCCUCUCCAUUAGCGAGCAGACCAGGAGUGCUCUACAGUCAGAGUCUUUUGACAAAGCUGAGGUUUGUCCUUGGGAGGUUGAGGCAGAACAACAAGGCGAUAAGAGCCACAAGCGUGUCACCUACGCAAACUCUCGGGAGGACGAGCCACAAAGUCCGUCCUCGCCAGAUGCCAUUAUAUGUCCGUGGGACCAUUUACCGCCUGUAGAGAACAACCUGUCACAAGACAAAGGGGAUGCAGAGUCCCCUAAAGUACCAGUCUCUGCAAGUGCACCAGGGUCUCCGAGACACAAGGUCAUCAAAGAUCAACGAGUUUUUUCCUUCCGGAACACCACCACCAAAUGGCUCUCUGUCAAAUCCUUCCUGACAUCUGUGGAAGCAGCUAGCAAGUCGAACAAGGAUGAAAACUUCAAUAGAGAAGGUUCCCAAAAAAGCCAGGAAAGUGGUUCCACAGUGUCCAGAUCAGGAUCAUCCAGUCGACGUCCAAGCAUGGAGAAGAGGACCCUGCAGAGAAGAAGCAUGACAACAGCAGAUGGAAAACCAUGUCUUGUAAAGCAGAACGCAAUCAGACUGUCCUCUGGAGAUUCAUCUGACAGGAGUCCCAGAAGGUUGGUGAUUGUCAAGUCUCCCAUGUGUCCAGGAGAUGGAGAUAAUAUGCUAAAAGAUGGCACGUACGAAAAUGUAUACCUUUCUCGGCAGAGUAGUAAACGAAGCAGCAUAAGCUCCUGUAGCUCAAGGACGCCAUCAACUCACAGAAGAGGAAGUAAACGAAUAGCAGCUGCAGUGUUGAAAACCGUUUCUCAUGCUGAUGUUUGUCCUUGGGAAGGACUUGUGGAGGUGGCAAAGAAGCAGCAAAGCGUGAAGGCAGAUGUGUGCCCAUGGGAAACGGACACAUCUGAACGAACAAGCGUCUGCCCACAGAAAUCUCAACAGCAGGAGAUGGUGAUGAGGCAGGACAGUGGCCGUGCCGAUGUGUGCCCAUGGGAGUCCCAAGAUGCUCCGGAAAGCACAUAUGCCAUCCCAGGAAAGACACAACUGUCUCUAAAGCGAUCAGCAGAUAUUUGUCCCUGGGAAGCAGCAGAAACUCCAGUACCUAUUAUAAAACAAGAUAGUGAGUAUGCCAACAUUUGCCCUUGGGAAACAGAGGUAGUGUAUGAAAACAUAAAUCCCGUGCAGACAAAGGGAUCCCUGAAGGUGCCCUCACGACAAGAAACAACAAAAGCUGCCGUUUUCCCCAGUAUAUCAAAAGAACAACUUACCAAAUCUUCUGAUCUGCAUCUGGAAAGAAGAAUGACCAAGGCAGAGGAAAGUUGUCCAUGGGACUUCCCAGACCCCCCAAAAUUGGAUGAGGUUCAUGUUAUAGAAGUUGCCCCAUCGCAGAUCACCGUCAAAGCUGAUAUCUGUCCCUGGGAUGCUGGACAACAUGCCCAAGUAGGACUUCCAAACAAUAAAGGAAAUAUUUGCCCUUGUGAGACUGAAACGCCAGAAACAGCCAAAUCACAGACCUCGGAAAAGUCCAGAAAAAUCAUCAAACAAGAUAGUGCCCGUGCAAACAUCUGUCCAUGGGAAAGCGAGGAUACCACAACAGUCAAAACUGAGGAUUCACAAAGAGGAAAAGCUGAGAAGGUAUUGAACAAGCAGGAUAGCGCAAGAGGAGACAUUUGUCCUUGGGAGACAGAAGACCCAAAUGUUCUGAAGAAGCAGGACAGUUCUAGAGAAAACAUUUGUCCAUGGGAGACAGGAGAAUCAGAUGUUCUGAAAAAGCAAGACAGUUCAAGAGAAAAUGUUUGUCCAUGGGAGACAAAAGAACCAAAUACAGGAGAAUCAAAUGUCCUAAAAAAGCAGGACAGUUCUAGAGAAAAUGUUUGUCCAUGGGAGUCAGAAGAACCAAAUGUGCUAAAAAAGCAAGACAGCUCUAGAGAAAACAUUUGUCCUUGGGAGACAGAAGAACCAAAUGUCCUGAAAAAGCAGGACAGUUCUAGAGAAGAUAUUUGUCCAUGGGAGACAGAAGAAAAAAAUGUUUUGAAGAAGCAGGACAGUUCCCAAGGAAGUGUGGUUGCGCAGCCAAAGGUUCUGAAAAAGCAGGAUAGCUCUAGGCAAAGUGUUUGUCCAUGGGAGACUGAAGACACAAACAGCGACAAAGAUUAUAUACUUGAGGACGAGAAAACAAUAGCCGAGGAGUCAGACAUGCCAAAACCCAGCAUGGCGCUGGGUCGCCGAGACGCCUUGUGUCCCUGGGAGAUGGCAAGAAGUGCCUCGGGAUCCUUUACGGACAACAACUCGGACGUUUUCACGUGGGAACCUGAGAAUAUCCCAGAGGAAGACGAGGAAGAUGAUGCAGAAUGUGCCGCAGAAGCGCUCAUAUUCCCUCCCGAUUUGUGA